ACUAUUAUAAUUUAACGUUAAUAUGUAGUUUCUUCUUCCCCCGAGUCAUAUAUUAUCAAUACAUUAUCGCAAUGUAUGAAGUAAUUAUUUUAAGAGACUUAUUUUUAAGAGACUUUUAACUUUCAUUGAAGAUUUGACAAGAGGUAAAUUCUGCGCAUGUGCAAUCAAUUCUCGCGCAUAUUGUCGCAUCUUAUGUUCAUAAAAGUCAUAACCCUCGGGUUACUUUUAACAAGUUAUUGUUUAAUAUAAUACUUCGGAGUACCUACAAGAGCCUAACAUGGGUGACAUCGAACAAGAUAAUUCCGAACGGGCUGAUGGCGAAAAUAAUAAAGCCGACAAAUUGUUCACGUUAAAAAAGUGGAAUGCCGUAGCUAUGUGGAGUUGGGAUGUCGAGUGUGACACUUGUGCAAUUUGCCGCGUACAAGUCAUGGAUGCAUGUCUCCGCUGUCAAGCUGAAAGCAAAAAAGAUUUCUACGAAAAGCAAGACUGCGUGGUUGUCUGGGGCGAAUGCAACCACUCCUUUCACUACUGUUGCAUGUCCCUAUGGGUCAAACAGAACAAUCGUUGUCCGCUCUGCCAACAGGAAUGGUCCAUUCAGCGGAUGGGCAAAUAGGCUCGUCAUUUUGGACUUUUUUUUUCCAAUACACAAACGUAGUAUUAGAAAUGUAUGACAAACUAUAUGAGAAGCAACGCUCUAUUAUGUUACUUACUGCUACUGCGUUUUUCUCUAAAUAAUCAUUGCUUUCAACUUUUUU